UUGGGUUAGAUCAUAACCUUAGAGGAGCAUGUGCGGGUGCCUGUAACAAUUGAAGAUAUCUUCAAAAUGUCCAACUUCAAACUUCACCUUACGCUCGAACAAGCGGAGACUCAAUUUUCUUGUCUGAUGGCAAAACUCGAUCCCGCAGAGUAUAAUUCCUUUUUAACAUUCAUCAAGAAACAUUGGAUCCUACCGGAUUUAGCCAGAGGUUUCAAUACGAUAGGAUUAGAGAAGUUCAAAUUAAGUACGGAGGAUUUUGAUUCAAAAGAAUAUAUAUUGGAUGAUCCUGUCGCUAUAUUGAAUAGCAUUGCCCAAGAUAUCAAAGAGAGAAUACCAUUUGACGCCACGCUUCCUUCAGAGAGUAUAAUAUCCCCAAAGUCUGGAGAGAAUUCUGACUGCGAUCCAAAGGUAACAUUGCACGUCGAUGAAUUUCUCUACACGGAUGACGAUGUGGAUGAAUUGGUUGAAGCUGGAAAACUAAAUAGAUACUUUUGCCAAAGCUGUGGUUCCAAAAACGUGAAACCGUUCAUCUAUAUAUCACAUUCGAUGUCCAAGGAUGGUCUCUAUCACAUAUUUAACAACAUGCUACCUACGCUUGAAGGUAAAACCGUAUUAGACGUGGGAUCUAGACUGGGUGCUGUUUUGUAUGGAGCGUACGUGUACACAGACGCACGAAAAAUAAUUGGUGUUGAAAUGAACGAGGAAUUUUGCAAACUACAGUCAGACAUUAUUCGUAAGUAUGAAAUGGACAAACGGGUAGAAAUAAUGCAUAGUAGAAUUGAGGAUGCCGAGGAUGUGGUGAGGACCAGUGACGUGGUCAUCCUAAAUAACGUAUUUGAGUUUUAUCUAUCAGAAGCAGCACAAAUAAAAAUCUGGAACUUCCUUAGAAGUAACAUAAAAAAAGGCUCGUUGAUAGUAACUCAACCACGUAUCGAAACUACAUUCUCCCAACUGGACACUGGUAUUCAAGUUGACUCGUGGGUUAGGCCUAUUCAAUCAAACGCAAGCACGUCAGAAGAUUUUCAGUUCUUUGCAAGUGAUAAAAAUGACGUUAACAGUACAUUUACCGACAUUGCGUGCUACGAAGUUUUGUAAAAUUUUUUUAUCAGGUUGGGAGCAACGUUCCUGACAAAAUUGAUAUUUUAUGUUUGUAGUAUGUAACACGCUUUGAAUUUUAACGAGCCCAAAAACGUCUGCUAGAUCAAGGAAAAAGCUUGCUUAACUUUUAAACGACUCGGGUGUCCUCGUCCAAAACAAUUUCUCGGUAAUCGGAUGCGGACAAUUCGCUAUAGCUUUGACGUAUGAGUCGUGUUUCAAAAUAUAAAAUUUUUUCCUGUGCAUAUGUUUACGUGUCGCAAAUAUCACGCACGCGCAUUACUUCUUGAAAGAUUUAAUGUGCAAACCCAAAGAGGAUUGCGUAUUACGUGUUUUAUACAUAUACGUCUUUGCACUGCAUGUACCGUGUAUGUACGUUAAUUUAUUUGAAAAGCUGUUAGCGGUUCCAAACCCGAUGACUACUAAAAAAAAAAAAAAAACCCGGAGUCUCGUUCGUGUAUCUUCUUUACAGCAUUAGUCACUUACGCUUAUCCCGAUUUCCUUUAUUGAAUUAUUCAAUAAUAACCGCAUUUGUACCAGUUUAAUUUCCGAUUUAAUAUGUAUGCAUUCAUAAAAUCAAUUGGGCGUAAAGUCUGGCGAUAAGAUGUUCUAAUAACAACUGAAGUAAGGAAGAAAGAGAAAAAACAAAACAUUCCAAUGAACCUCGGUUGAGUGGGUUAUCAGUUUAUUACGUCAAACUGGCUGGAAAACUUAAAAUAAAUCUCUGAGUUAUUUUUGAUGAUAGUUGUUAAUAAUGCUGUAUGAAACGUCUGUUGUAUAUCUUGUAAGGCAUGCCUAAGUUAUCUAUGCACUUUAAUUAUCUACCUAUAAUUACCCAUAAUUGACUGCAUUUGCAGAAAGACUACCGAUGUACCGCAGUUGUUAGUAAUAAAAACAGACACACCUGCGGACUUUGAUUAAAAUCGGUAGAAAAAGGAUUUUACAUUGCGAUUUGUGAAUUGCGUUAGGAAUAAUAAUAAAAUUAGUCGUAAAUAGGGCGAUUAAUUAUCAAUAUUACGAGCUGUGAAAGUAAUUCAUAUGCACACUCAAACUUUGAUGAAUCUUUAUUUUCAAUAAAAUACGAAGCUUUCAGC